CAGCUGCUCUCCUUCGUUGCACAGGCGCUCACCAUAAGCUGCUUGUCCACUGCUCACGAGAUUGUGUUCCUACGACCAUCUAUACCGCCACUCGACCAACGAAGCACGCGAGAGAUACCUCCGAAUACACACCAUGCAGUUCUGGGUUGGUUGGGCACUUUGGCAGAAGUUGAGCUUCACGAAGAAGUAUGCCACCGCCGAAGCACGCCAAAGAGCCGAGACGCAGCCCAUGCUGGCCGAGCCGAGCGAGAUACCGUUUGGCGCUAGAGCUCUUGAGAAGGGAAUCCAAGUGGAAGGCAUAUGGACACCGGACUGUCACUCUGCGAGAGAAUCCACUACUCAUUCGGAAAGUAGACCCAUAAGUAUCGCUUCAGCACCAAAGCAGCUGUCGAUGAUGCCACCGGGAGAUAGCAUCCAGGGACCAGAGCGAACAUAUCAACCGGUAUCCAUUCCCAACCUCUUUGACCCACGCAGUCCCUCCAAGGUCUUGGAUAUUGAACAUGGACGACCCGGAGACAUAUACGCCUCACAGAUAACGCAGUCUCCUCAGCUGGAUGCCCGAGGGAACGCUGGAGGAGAGGAUUUUCCCGAAUUGGAGAAGCACCGCUCAAGAGGGUGGUUUGGUACGCGAAGCUCAUGGGUUAAGAAACCCUUCGAAAGCUACAAGAGAAGAUCGGCACACGAGGGGCACCGGCGGACUUCAUCGGAAAGCUUCAGACGGAGGAUCAGCAAACUUAUUGAUGAAAAUAUUCGAACAAACCCGGACGAGAUAUAUCAGCUAAGGGCAAUCAACCAGGAGGCCGCUGAAGGUCGUAGGACGGCGUCAUUGACAAGAUCGCCAGGCCCUACUUAUGCUGUGCCGUGA